UUGAGCUCACCAUAUCUAGUCCAUAUCCUCUCCCGAGCAAGCUCGAAGCAGCAAUGGCGAAAUCUUUCACCUUAUUAGCGCUACUUAGCGCACUGGUUGUGCUCUCACUUCUUGUGAGCCCCAUUGCUUGUUCUCGCAAGCUCCCCAGGCCUGCAAUCAAGGCCCACAAGAACCACACCGCUUCUACCCCCUCGUCGUUUGCCGCUUAUGGCUCCGGCGGCUGGUUAGCCGGCGGCGCGACGUAUUACGGCGCCCCCAACGGCGACGGAAGCGACGGUGGCGCGUGUGGCUACCAGAGCGCUGUGGGGAACCGGCCGUUCUCGUCGAUGAUCGCCGCCGGCAACCCGUCGCUCUACAGAGAUGGCAAGGGCUGCGGAGCGUGCUACGAGGUUAAAUGCACAGGCAACCAGGCAUGCUCCGGCCAGCCGGCGACCGUCGUCAUCACCGACAAGUGCCCCGCCGGGGCCGCCUGCCUCGGUGAGGCCGCACACUUCGACAUGAGCGGCACCUCCAUGGGCGCCAUGGCGAAGCCUGGCAUGGCCGACAAACUCCGGGCCGGCGGUAUCAUCAAGAUCCAGUACAAGAGGGUGCCAUGCAAGUAUCCUGGCAUGAACAUUGCCUUCAAGGUGGACCAGGGCUCCAACCCCUACUACCUGGAGGUCCUGAUCGAGUUCGAGGACGACGACGGCGACCUCAACGCCGUGGACCUCAUGGAGGCCAACUGCGGCACCUGGACGCCCAUGGCGCAGAACUGGGGCGCGCUGUACCGCCUCAACUCCAACACCGGCAAGCCGCUGCGCGGGCCCUUCUCGCUCCGGCUCACCUCCGACUCCGGCAGGAAGCUCGUCGUCAACAACGUCAUCCCCGCCAGCUGGACGGCCGGAGCCACCUACCGCUCCUUGGUUAACUACCCCUAAGUUACAGCUUCGUCAGCUUUUACACUGCACCGUACGUGCUUGGCUAGUAACCAAGUAAUGCAGUGCAGAGUGUGGUCGUAGUAAUUUAGAACCGUGGGUUAAUUUCUACUGCGGGGAUUAUAUUUAUACGAAUAUGCGUCCGGGAAUGGCAGGAGGCUGUGUCAGAAGAGGAAGAGUAGGUCAUGCAAAGAUUGUGCUAGCUCUUCCCUCCAUGGUCUCUCGGCACUCCCCUAGUGAUGCGUGUCGUCGAUUUGUCUGUAUUUUACUUCUCUUCCUCUGUUUUGUUGAUGAGUAGAAGAGCUUGUAGUGCAGUGCAACUAAAGUUGCAUGCCGAUGUAUCAAGUUGUGUGAGUGUUUUUUUUUGCAGUGCAAUCCUUGAGAGGAAUGAACUUUUACCAUCAGAUAAUUUAUGUACUGAAAUCUGCAAUUCCAGGCACUUUAUUCAGUUUA